AUUGCUGAGAGUACCAGCAGUCCUUCCACCACAAGUGCUAUUAUUGCUGAGAGCACUAGCAGCCCUUCCACUACAAGUGCUAUUAUUGUGGAGAGUACCAGCAGCCCUUCCACUACAAGUGCUAUUAUAGCGGAGAGUACCAGCAGCCCUUCCACUACAAGUGCUAUUAUUGCUGAGAGUACCAGCAGCCCUUCCACCACAAGUGCGAUUAUUGCUGAGAGCACUAGAAGCCCUUCCACUACAAGUGCUAUUAUUGCUGAGAGUACCAGCAGCCCUCCCACUACAAGUGCUAUUAUUGCUGAGAGUACCAGCAGCCCUUCCACUACAAGUGCUAUUAUUGCUGAGAGUACUAGCAGCCCUUCCACUACAAGUGCUAUUAUUGUUGAGCAUACCAGCAGCCCUUCCACCACAAGUGCUAUUAUUGCGGACAGUACCAACAGCCUUUCCACCACAAGUGCUAUUAUUUCUGAGAGUACUAGCAGCCCUUCCACUACAAGUGCUAUUAUUGUUGAGAGUACCAGCAGCCCUUCCACCACAAGUGCUAUUAUUGCUGGGAGUACCAGUAGCUCUUCCACUACAACUGCUAUUAUUGCGUGGAGUACCAGCAUCCCUUCUACUACAAGUGGUAUUAUUACUGAGAGUACAAGCAGCCCUUCCACUACCAACACUACUACUGCCAAGAUCACUAACAGUCCUUCCAUUGUGAAAACUACGACUGCCAUGAUCACUAACAGUCCUUCCAUUGUGAAAACUACUACUGCCAGGAGAAGCACUCCUUCAACUACCAAAACUACUGCUGUCAAGAGUACUACCAGAACUACCGCAAGUG